CUCAACCUUAGUGGAUAUUCAUGAAUUUUUAUUGUUUCCUACAUAAGAGCUAAAGCAGACUUUCCUCCCUCCUCACGCCGCGUCUUCCAGCUCGGAGGAAGGAGAAGGGCGAUGGCCGCCGGUGGGGCAGCAGCAGGAGGAUGCGGAGACACGGUGGAGCAGUGCCGAGCCGAGGUGGAGCGUCUAAGCCGGGAGCUAGCGGAGGCCAAUCGCGAGAAGAUCCGGGCGGCGGAGUGCGGACUGGCGGUGCUGGAGGAGAACCAGAACUGGAAGCAGCAGUACGCCGAGCUGGAGGCCGAGCAGGAGGCUCUGAGGCAGGAGCUGGACCAGCUGCAGGAGGUGGGAACAACAGCGGCAUUUGGCCAAGCCUACUCCGCCCAGCGUAAGGUGGCUGAAGAUGGCGAGAGCAAAGAGGAGACGCUGCUAGAGGAGUCCGCCACCAAAGAAGCCUACUACAUAGGUCGCCUCCUGGAGCUCCAAGCCGAGCUCAAACACAGCAAGGCCGCUGCUGCCAAUGCGCUGGCUGACAAUGAACACCUGAGCAGCCUUUUACAGGAACUGCGAGAGAGCAACGAGAUGUUGGAACUACAGCGUAGCCGCAUGCGGGAGGAGAUCACGGAGUACAGGUAUCGAGAGUCCAGGCUGACGCAGGACUACACUGAGCUGGAAGAGGAGAACAUUUCUCUGCAGAAACUGGUUUCAACUCUCAAACAGAAUCAGGUGGAAUUUGAAGUCCUGAAACAUGAAAUCAAGGUUUUGGAGGAGGAGACAGAGGUCAUGGACAACCAGUUACGGGAUGCUCUGCGUUUGAAGGACAUGUCUGAUUCGCAUCUGGAAGAGGCACUGGAGUCUCUAAACAGCGAGCGCGAGCAAAAGAAACACCUGCGCAGGGAGUUGGUUCACCAUCUGAGCAUGUGCGACGUGGCCUUCACUGGCAGCGCACACCUGACCUUUAACUCCGCCCCACCCAGCGGCACCGCUACCCCAACUACACUGCUCUCCCCAACUGCAGAAGAAACAGCACGGUGUAACGGCCAUGUCCAAGGUGCGACACGGUUGCUGACAGCUGCAGGGUCGGCGACCGGUGCUAAUGGAGGCGCAGGUCGAAAAGCUGAGGGUGUGACAUCGUCUGACCUUUUCAGUGAAAUUAACCUGACAGAGGUUCAGAAGCUCAAACAGCAACUGUUGACAGUGGAACAUGAGAAAGUGGCAUUGAUAACCAGUUUGCAGGAGUCCCAGACUCAGCUCCAGCACACCCAGGGGGCUCUGACUGAACAGCACGAAAAGGCCCUGCGCCUCAGUCAGAAGGUCAGUGCCCUCUGCGGGGGGCAGCAAGUCGCACAGACCAGUACGGCCUCUCAGCUUUAUCCUGAGGACCUUUUGGAACCCGACAAGGUUAAAGAUGAAGAAAAUGAGGUUGACAAGCAUGGCAGAGCGGAUGAAAGGUGGACAUUUGCACAACAGUCACCGAGUUUGCAGAUCCUGCAGUGCAAAUACCAGGUGGCUGUGACUGAGGUUAUUGAGCUUAAGUCAGAAGUGAAAGCCUUGCUUGGCAGAUUGUCUCAAUGUGGGGAAGGCCCGGUGCAGGAGAAGUCAAGAGGAAAUGCUCACCUACAGAAACUAGAGAGACAGGUGACCUCACUGGAAAAGAGCUGCCAGGAGGGAAAGGAGAAGGUGUCAAGGUUGGAGACUGAGUUGCAGACAGCACAGUCAGCCGCCAGUGAGAGUCAAAGCGCUUUGAAUGCUGCUCAGGAUGAACUGGUGAUGCUGAGUGAGGAGCUUGCCCAGCUCUAUCAUCAUGUCUGUCUGUGCAACAACGAGACACCCAACCGUGUCAUGCUAGACUAUUACAGACAAGGCAGAGGGCUCAAGGGCCUUUGUGCCAAUCUCAAAGCCAUGUCAUCUGACAACAGUAAAGUUCUCCUCACGCCACGCCUUGCCAGGAGAAUGGCUGCCGCCGCCACAACCUCAACUUCCGAAGAUUCUCGUAGCCCCUCAAAGUCUCCGUCCAAAGAACCCCUACCCGCUGGGGACAAAGGGGGUAAGAAGGGAGACAAGGAGUGGAUCCAGGGUCAGUCGCAGCAAAGCCUGACUUCCAGCACUCCUCCAACCCGCUCACCCAGCAUCAGUGCCUCGUCAUCGUCCUCCUCCUCAUCAUCACCUGCUUUGGAACCAGCCAGUGAGCUGCACAGAGAGCCCAUGAACAUCUACAACCUCAACGCCAUCAUCAGAGAGCAGGUGAAGCACCUCCAGCGAGCGGUGGACAGGUCUUUGCAGCUGUCCAGACAGAGAGCGGCAGCCAGGGAGCUGUCUCCUUUGCUAGACAAGGACAAGGAAAGCUGCAUGCAAGAGAUCCUAAAGCUCAAGUCGCUGCUUAGCACCAAGAGAGAGCAGAUAGCCACACUCAGGCUGGUGCUCAAAGCUAACAAGCAGACAGCAGAGGUGGCUCUGACCAACCUGAAGAGCAAGUACGAGGCAGAGAAGUCAAUGGUGACCGACACGAUGAAGAAGCUUAGGAACGAGCUGAAGGCCCUGAAAGAAGACGCGGCCACUUUCUCUUCUCUACGAGCAAUGUUUGCCACCAGGUGCGACGAGUAUGUAAACCAGCUGGAUGAUAUGCAGAGACAGUUGGCAGCUUCUGAGGAUGAGAAGAAGACCCUGAACUCUCUCCUGAGAAUGGCCAUCCAGCAAAAACUGGCCCUCACCCAACGCCUAGAGGACUUGGCCUUCGAUCAAGAACAAACACGGCGAAACCGUGGGAGCAGGUUGACCCGCAGGAAGUCCACUCCUCCCAAAGUAAGUCUCCCAACCUCAGCUUCAACCGCUGACCUGGCACAAGGCGCCGGUGCCGCUUUGGUCCGCAGUAGUCCCUCCGUUUCUUGCCUUACUAGUCCAACAUUAGUCGAUUCUGAAGUUCCAACUACCAUGGCAGCUAAGACAGCCUCUCCCUCGUCUAUGUCACAAAUACUCCCUCGCAGUCCGUCAUCACCAAGCAUUUCUUCCCCUCCUCAACCUCCCGAGACCUCGUCUUCAACCCCUCAGAGUCUGACUCCCUCCAAGUGGCGCCUCGGGGUGCGAACGUUUGCGGUUGACUCUCAUAGCUUCAACAUUUCUUCUCCAUUUUCUCGUAGUUCGGCGACUUCAAGACAUGUCACCCCAGAUACUCAAACCACACCCAAGCCUAACCAGACAGGGUCUGCCCCUUCCUCUCCUUAUCGAUCCACAACGCUGGGGUUUCGGCGCCCCUUGUGGAGCCCCUCACUCCGAACUCGUCCUUUCUCCAGUCUGAUGGGAACAUCGGGACAUCAUACUCCCUCCUUAUCCUCUUCUUACUCUUCUGCACAUCCUGUGGCGUCACCCCACAGUUAUCCAUCCACCUACUACAGCUCCUCUGGCACUACGUCCUACGGCCACACUACCCACUACACUCCUCUCUACCCCAGAUACUAUGGUUCCUAUCGGCCUUAACAAUUACCCUAAAGGUCUUUGUGGUCUCUUUCUGGCACUUGAGAGAACAGGAGAAUAUUCCUGUUCUUUUGGCCAAUGGAUUCUAGUUCUUUGGUAACAUUUCUCAGGGAUUUGAUAUCAGGAGCACAAGUGGUUCUAACUUCCCUUUAUACCGCGAUGACUGAUUGGCGGUCCAGAAGAGAAUAUUACAGUGAAACCUGUUUUACAGUGUUCGGAAUAAUCAUUAACAAUUUUUUCUUGGAACAGGUAAUCUAAUUAAAUUAAACGUUGUAAUCAAACAUUACAACGCGUGUGUUAUUAUUGUGUUUAGGAGACAAAGCCACUGAUAUGUUAAACAUAUACUUGGCCCCUAAAUCUGAUUCUGAUAUACGCUUACAAUCGGUAACUUAACAAGCGGUAACACAACACAAAGUGAACACAUUCAACAGGAGCUACUGUCGGCAGCAACUCACGCCAAUAACUCCAAAUUCAGACCGCUAACAUAGAUGACUCCACUCUCGCUUGGUAACGUCACAUGUCACUCAACAGGCACACACUCAAAAUCACAGAUAUUCAAUUACGUAUAUGUAUCUCAUGAAACAUCUUUCAACGCCAGAUAACUGAAUGUUUUCCCAAAAACUGACACAAUAACUACUGUUCCUGGUAAAUAGUUAUGUUUCUCGAAAUAGGAUGGUACGAGACAAAAACAUUUCUCUACCUAUAAUCUCCUUUUUUAAAGAAUGUUUUCUCAAAAGUACUGUACAAUAUUGGUCUUUAGAGGCUGAAAGGAUACAAGGUGAUACAAAGUACAAAUGUCUACCAUUUCAACCCUAAGGUUACCUCAUGCAUUCAAAAUGUGCUUAGCUCAUAGACAACACAUAUUAUUAAUAGUAUUUUAAAUACUAAUAUUAGUUAUUUAUUAGGGGUGUAACGAUUACUUCAGGUUGCCGAUAUGAUUCAGGGGUGAUAUUACUUUAUUUAGAAAGAUACGAUCCAAAACGAUGCAGUGAGUUGAAAUCGAUUCAGUAACUUUUUAGCAAAAACAAAAUUCAACCAGUGUGACUAUGAAAUAAAUAGUGGAUACUGGACACUGUAGGUGAGGUUUCCUAAAUUCCUGUAAGUUUUGGUAAGGGAAUUAUGUAUAAAUGAAUUAUGGAUACAACAAAGCAAGUAAACAACAAUUAAUGGCCAAUGCAUUCACAUCUUGUUUAAAUAAAGUGCAACUAACACUUUAGGUUGAAUUAACAAGAGAAAACAUUUUCUGCUCUCAUUUUCAAUAUUCAAGAAAUGUUCAAUAAAAGUAAUCAACAUUUUAACAGUAGAUUUGCCUGCUACUUCUGAGUUUGUUUUUUUAACAUAGAAAUAAUACAUUAUUCUCAAAAAUAAAGUGCAACCAACAUAUAUUUAGGUUGAAUUAGCAGCAGAUGUACCUGCUACUUUUGCUGUUGUUUUUUAACAUGCGUUGCAGCACUUUGUGCCGAUAGAAAUUUACUCUUGUUUUCUCAAAGGGUACUCACAUGCCUGUAUAAUGAUUGCACUUUUUAAAAAAUUGAUUAGGUACUCAAAGGGAACUGAACUGAAUGGGACAGAAAUGUCUCUCAAAAAAGUAUACCCCUAGCAACAAGCAUUGUACCCUUUUAGGUAAAAGCUGGUACCUCUAGUUUUGAGACUGAGGAGUAAAUCCAUUACAAAUUCAAUUACAUUUUUGGGAAAGUAACUUAAAACUAUAAUUACCCUUGUGAAGUAAUUUUCCCGUGUUGACAUUUAUGUUGACAACUCGUCUAUGCCGACCAACUCAUCAAGUCUCGGUCGUCUGUGUUCUUCUUUAUACUAAAAAGUGCCCGCAUAAAUCAACAUACAUGGUCGUCAUAAAUUUUAAAGACCCAUAGCAAUCAUUUCUCUGACAAAUCUCUCUGUUUAUGACAACAUUUGAUGUAGAUUUGUUAGCUUCAUUAUUAUGGCUCCGGUGAUUUUGCAAGAGACGUUUGUGGUUAUGGCUAAAUGGAACUGCCACUUAUAUCUUUAACAUUUUGACAGACUCCUCACUAAGUAACACUAAAUUUCAUACUAAAUUGUGUGCUAAAGGAGGAGCAAAAAUGUCAACAACCUGUGCGGGUUCAAGUAAAUGUGCAAACUAUAGCUAGUUUUGCUUUUUGAUUGAUUGAUUGAAAAUUGUAUUAGUAGAUUGCACAAUUCAGUACCUAUUCCAUACAGUUGACCACUAAAUGGUAACACCCGAAUAAGUUUUUCAACUUGUUUAAGUCGGGGUCCACGUAAAUCAAUUCAUGGUAAUGCUAAUGUCGACAACAGCUUACGUCGACCUGUUUAGGACUUUUUUCAAUAAGCGUUUUCAGCAUUUAGCGAAUGAGUUUGCAACUCAGAUGCAAGAUUUGUUUAAAACAAAAAAGUAAAAAAAAAAAUAUUUAUUAGGCUUUUGUUGAACAUGUGUGAAUAUGGACCAUGACGCACUACAUAGCAUUUAUGUACUGUAUCAGUGUGUAAUCACUAUAUUUUUAUGAUGCUAUCGGGACUCUGACUCACAUUAUGUGUCCAUAUUUUGCAAUCAAGCUGAUACCAAGUAAAUAUAUGGCAAGGAUUUUAGAUAGCUAUAUCUGUACUUUUUCCAGAUCACUGAAUGAUAGUGAUUUUUGCUUUAGGUUCGACAAAGGAGAAACAUUUUAGGCAAACACUAAUCAAAUAUUUCUAUCAACAAACACAUAUUAAUCCAACAAUAUAAAACAAUGUACCGUAACAGUAUCAACAAAAUAAUACAACUAUUCCCUUUUAACACAUACUGUACAUUUUUUGUGCAAAAUAAAGUAAAUUGUGUAAAAUAAGUAAACAAAAAGGACUAUUGGCUCCAAUCAAAAUUGUUUGGCUUUUUGCCCCCAAACCCUCUUCUGUCUAAGAACUUUUGUUUGCAAUAUACUGUAUAAGACAUUUGUUCGCAAUAUAACAAUACACAAAUGGAAAAAUAUCAACAAUACAAUAAAACACAGAAGAGAAGUGAAGAAUAACGAUCUCAUCCUGCUAGUAUCAGUCUGAUAUUGGUACCACCCUUGGUAAAGCUACUAUUGAUAUUUGGAUCGAUCUCCCCAGCUCUAGGGUCUGCAAACAGUCAUGUGCAAAUGUUCUUUCUCCUUAUUAUACUUUGUAGUAAAACGGGUAUCCACACUUUUUCCACCGAAGCUGCAUACUAAAGAACCAAAAAAUGUGAUAGUGAUAUUUUUAAUUUGGAAAUUAAAAAAAAGGCUAACACCAUCGAUUCUGCUAAGCGGUUAUGUGUACUUAAAGUAAAAAAUUGCUGAGUGUUUCUCCUUAUAUAAUGCCUUUUUGCUCUUUUCGCCAGUAUUUUUUUAGAAUGUGCCAAGGGGUUGCAGGGCACAAAUGGCUCCCUGCAGUACGCAAUCAGAAUGACUUGAACAAAAAAAACUGCAGUAUAAUAGACGUGAUGGGACAAAUUGCACAAAAACCUAAAAUAAGGAACAGGAACUGAAACAGCAAUUGUGAAGUUCUUUGGAAAACAUUUCCUUUCUCGUUUGUUUAUUAAUCCAUGAAAAUACAAAAAUUGGUAUCCAGUGGUUAACACAUUUAGCCAAGGCGAGCAUUGUUGUAUUUGUUUAUUUGUUUUUGCAGGACUAAAUAAUAAAACAAAAAACAUUGCCGUUUCUCAGUCGUGAUGAAUUAUUUAUUUCUAAAAAGUUUUUCUAAAAAGGGACAAGCAGUAGAAAAUGGAUGGAUAAUACAAAUAUAUAGUUAAUUAAAAUAUAUUACUAAUAACACAUUACAAAUAUUCAUUCAAAUUCAUAUAAAAUGUGUAUUAUAUUCAUGCAUUUCAUGUCCAGAUCCCAGGGGCACCCUUGUAGAGCACAUAGCAAGGAAUAAAUAUACAGAGCAUAUCAAAAGGUAGAGUACAAAAAUGCUUAAUAUGACCAAGAGGGGGUCAUGUGGUCAUCAUCAUCGUGGUCAUAGUACUAGCACACCCUUGUGCCUCUGAAGGAGCCAUCAAUGAAGGCUAUCAAAGCAGUACAAAGAAGCAAUAUGUCGCAAGUUUACCUGAAAAUAUCAGCUUUAAAAUCACAUACGUUCUUGUCAUGGUGUUGGUUGUGUGCAGUGCCUUUACACGCUUUGUCAAAACGGAUCAGUCAUGGGUUUUGUUUGUGUUAAGCAUGUACUGGACAUCCAAGAGCUUGGUUUCUUCAACUUUUAACAAUGUCACUCGCCACACUGUCUAUAUACAUUGUUUUACAUUCAACACAAUAAUAAACAAUAAAUGUGAGUGGUUGUUUUUUUCCUGUUCUGUCAGUCAUAUGAUCAUAUAAAGCUCUCAGCAAUUAAUGGCAUCUUAACUGUGAUACAAAAUGAUAAGACAUAACAUGAAUAUACACAUUUACUUACAGGGCAUUGGACAGAAAAUUAUCCAUUAAGUAUAUAUUACGGUACUGUGGAUACUAUAUCUAACAGAAAUAAUUUUCAUACAGUAAUAUAAAAUCUAAUAUUUCUUAAGCUUAU